AUGGCGGCGCCACGUAUGGUUGCCAAUGAGGCAGUCCUGACUAAGGAUUACACCACCGCGUUCCUACAUGCCCACAGUCGUGCGAAGCUUCCGUUGGACGAGAUGCUGGGUUCCCUCAAGGCCGCGCCCUAUCAGAUUAGUCCCGAUGAUCUCGCAAGGGGCUCCCCUCUAAUUGAGGAGCUCUUAAGCAUUGGAUUGAAAAACGGUGUUAUCUACCCGUCACGUUUCGAACAAGGUCUUCGGGAUGCCAUCCUCGAGAACCGUAGUGCCAUGAAGGCCGAGGGUCAGAGCGCCGAGCUCAAGAUCAUCCAGAUACGCACGCACGUGUCUAACCUCUUGACUCAGCUGCGGAACUGGAAAAGGGAGACGACGGGAGUGUAUACCAAGAAGGUAACUAAGACAGCUGGCUUGAAGAGAAAGGCCAGCUCGGCCCAGCAGGUUUUGAUCAACACUUUGGUGUCGAAGCUUGACUGGUCAUCGGAGGAGAAUGCCAGCCGCGCAACGUCUGUCGAGCCAGCAGGGAGUCGUGCAUCGUCCCCCGAACCGCCCCCAGGAACGGAGGCCACCAGGAUCCAUCAAUCCUUGCGUGGCGAGUCGUCAUCUGGUCUCCCUCUGUGCUUCCAGAAGUACCUUGAGAACCUGCGUGCGGACUCGCGUGACCACUUGUACUACGCCAGCCUCCACGUGACGAUCCCCGUGGCGAUCCCCUUGGCGAACACUCAGGCGAGCCCCGUUCCUGAGACGCCCCCCGCGAUGGAGACGCCCCACAAGGCAGCCGACGUGACGGUCGGCGCGGCGGCAGAUGUUUCGAAACUCACGCCGAUUCUCGACGCUAAGACCCGCAAGGACAACGUAUUGACCAGCCGCUAUGGUGGCGAUGACAAGGACCCACUGCUGCAGGAUCUCAAGUUGUCGGGCCCCACGAACGAGGCGAACCCGAGGUGCGAGUUCGUAGCGAAAAAUGUUUCGACUGGCAAGCGUGUCCACGUUCUCACAGUGAACAGGAACCGAGAUGGUAGGAAAUUUGCUUCUGCUGCAAAGAAGUUCAAAGCGUUCUACGUCAAUGUCGAGGGUGCCGACCCCAAGAAGCCCGAGGAGCCCAGGGGGUGGACUGCGAAGGCUCAGAGAUCGUCGAAGUCGGCCACUCCAGCCAUCGAGGACGGGCACGCGGGCGAUGCGGCUACGGAGCUGGACGUCUCGCCCAACACGCGCCAGCAGCGCUGCGUCUUCGAGGGCAUGUUGCCGACCCUGUCCAAGGAGGUCCGCGACAAGUGGGAGGAGCUAUCGUCGAAGAAGGGCGUGAAGGGCAUCCAGCAGCUGAAGAACGCCUUGCGCAACAGCGUGGUGCACAAGGACGCGACCUACGAGCUGAGCACCAGCAACCUGAGGGACGUCAAAGCCACCGACUUCCUCAACGUGACCAAGACCGUCACGCAAAGCCGCAGUGAGACUGGGAUGACCCACAGUGCGCUCGAGGCGAAGUUCCACUUCAACGGGGCCAAGUUGCAGGCUGCCAAGGACCGCGGCGACGUCUGGCACGAGACGGACAGCGACGGGGACGAGAUGUGGUACGAGAAGAAGAAGAUCAGGAGCGUUACCGACGCAGUGGAGAAGAAGAGCGAGUUCAAGAAGGACCACUCCAUGAAGGACAUGGCCGAGCUCAAGCAGAUGAUCCAGGACAGCUGCGCGACCAACAAGGCCUGGCUCCAGAAGGCCAUCGGGCGCGGCAAGAAGGGCAGUGGGCCAUCUUCGUCUCGGGCGGCUCCGUCGACCAAGGGCGUCGUCACCUACGAGACGAUGCAGGUCAUGCAGGGCGCCUGGGACGCCAGCACCCAGCUCACCGCUGAUGCAGGCUUGCUCGCGCAGCGCAUCAAGCGCGACCGCACCGAGAGCCAGAUCAACCACGAGAGGGCCGACAACGUGAUGCAGUUGCUGAAGGACUGUGUGCAACCAUCCAGCGUGCUGCUCGCGAACCUCGGGAAGCCGAUGACCAGCCUCGACUUGACCGAGUGCGAGGAUAACUUGAAGGAGUGUGCUAAAUUGUUCUUGCUGUUGGAGCAGGCGCACCAGGAGUUGAUCAUGUCCUCGGGUCUCAGCAAGAAGGACAAAAAGAAGACGUCCGCCAGGCUCGCCGAGAUCAAGAAUAA